AUGUCGUUCACAAUCGAACGGUGCGUUUUCCCUCGCCUCUGCAUACAAUGCUACCAACUCACGUGUUUCAUUGUGCACUCGUGCAGCAUCAUCGAUUUCUCGCUGCGCGCCAUAGAAUCACGCAACGCCUCCGAUCGCGUCUCGAAGUUCUUCAUUUCUUGGCUACAGACUACAUACGCGGCCGGUUUCAUCAGCAUUGGCCAGGACCUCGCCAUUGUCGCCCGCACUUACCUCGUCCACACUACAAUGGGGAGCAUCGACAAACCGAUAACGCCUUUCAGAUCCACGGAUCAGCCAGAGGCACCGCUGACGAGUUACUAUGGUGACUCAGCGUCCUCGAGCUCGUCGGGAUACAGGGACCUGUCUUUGUCUGUGGACGAGGCGGACCGCGAGGACGAGCUUCGCCGCCGCUUCUGGAUCCGCCGCUUCACGGUGUCCGGUGGCACGUACUACGCGGGCGAGACCAACACAAGCCAGGCCCAGCUCACACAGCAGACAAGAUUCAAUAGGAUUGCAGCGACCAUCAUCGCCUUGAUCCUUCUUCAAGUCACGAACUGGGUUACGAUCGUGGUCUGGUGGACGAGCCGGGGGCGCGUCCAGCUUAUGCCUGUGCUAAUUAUAUGCGCCGAUGCAAAUCUACUUACCGUGACAUGUAUCUAUCGGCUGUCAGUCAUGCCGUUCCAAACUACCAACCUACUCUCCAUGGGAUCGCACUCGCUCAAUACGCCCUUGGAGAAGGCGGCAUUCUACGCUUUCCACAUCGCACCAGAGUGGAUCGCUGGUGCGAUUCUGCUUUGUGUGAAUGUCAAGGAGAUGUUCCACACCGGUCUGACGGGCGAUUGGCGGUCGACCGAUAGUCACUUAAAAACCAAACCGCCACACGAAGAAAAGCUGGUAUUCCAUGGCAUAAAACUCGCCAUCCUCAAGGCUCGACACCUGCCGAGACCGAAAUCUAUCGCGCGAAAGGUUCCAGUACAUUCGUCAAGUCUCGGCUACGCUAACGGCUACAGUGCAUGGCUCCAGCGACGCCACAAUUCAGCCUCGACCAGUAAGAAAUCUACCUCUGGGCACUCGCUGUCAUUUGAUUGGCGGAGUGGCACAGCAAUUGCUGAGACUUGGGCCCCAGGAAGAUACCUAUGCUCUAUGCCACACCUACUGUGCGACCGUAGGGACGUAUUGGAAAUCUUCAGUUUUCAAUUUGGGGAUGUUUGGUACCUGUGCGUGACGGCAGGCAUCUGUCAAGCCAUGAAGACAACCUCAGAUGAUCUGGAAUGCUCUGGCUGUCUCGCUGAUUACUCUGCGCGAAGCUUCUCCAUCUUAAGCGCGAUGUCGGGAUCCACCGCCAUCCAUCAAGCACCCCCACAACCAUUGAAGCUCGCUGCCCCCAAAUGUCGACUGUCUGCUGCGUUCGGCUACCUCCUACCGCAUACGAUUGCUUUUGGGAGGGAGACGACGAUGCAGAAUAAAGGCACUACAACAGAGCACCUCCUGGCUUCAAUGGAUGCGACCCAGCACAUACACUGCGAGCGGUUGGAAAGUCGAACGCUUGCGCACGCUCGAGAUCACACGCCCAUCCCCCCACCCAUGAUGCCCCCUGCGGCGGCAUUUGGCCUCGAUGCCGCAUCCAACAUGGGAGUCCAUGUUCAAACAUGUUCUGGAAAGGGUGAUCGAGAGUGCCAUUUCCGCCGACGCAUGUCCCUGUGUCGUUUGGUGACUCCACGACCCGUUCGACAUCCAACACUCUUCGACACAUCGUCUUCGCCGCACCACUACAACACCGCGACGAACGACGCCUCAACCCCCCGAUGGAACUGGCAACUCCGUCGAAGACCGCGGCACCACGGGUUCACACUCUCAACGAGCGGACUCGGGGAGAAGACUCAAAGCUUCAAGCCCCGGGGGGACCUCCGGCGCGCAAGCCCCGGGCAUGGUAGAAAGCAAAAUCAAGUACCCCAAGAAACCGACGGCAACCACGGGACAAGAGAUGGGCCGUCGGUAGCUGCGCCCUUUGGAGGUCGCCUCAGGGUGGCGGCGCUGGAGAGCCAAAAGAAGACUCACCGGCAACAACACUACGGCCAACACCUGCAGCUCGGACUAGUCGCCCGGGGCCUAUGGCGGAAACUCCACUGGCGAAACAGCGAGACCACCGCGCGGCGGGGAGGUCGCCUCGGUGCGCGGUUCUAUGCGACGGCCAACACCUUCACUCCGGGUUUCGCGGUUGCUCGGGACUGGAGGGCCUAUGGGGGAAACUUCACUGGCGAAAGGCGAGACCGCGAACACAACCACUCUUCAAGUUGGUCGGCCGGCUUGGGGACGCGGAGUCCGCACUGUGCGGGCGAAGAGCUACGACCGACAACUGCGCCUCAAGUUCUUCGAUCGGACUUGGGAACGCGAGAUACUAUUUAUCGUAGGUAUCGAGCCGAGGUCAGGGUACUUGCAGGCUGGAGUCUUGUCGCAUGA